AUGGACAGGUAUAUACGUGAGUCACUACAGGCUGGGCUUAUUCGCCAUUCCUCCUCUCCCGCUGGGGCGGGGUUUUUCUUCGUUCAGAAGAAGGACGGCUCCCUACGCCCUUGUAUCGAUUACAGAGGUUUGAAUGACAUUACAGUAAAGAACAGGUACCCCCUACCUCUAAUGUCUUCUGCUUUUGAAUUAUUGCAGGGAGCUCAGGUCUUCACCAAAUUAGACCUCCGCAACGCCUACCAUCUGGUGCGCAUGCGGGAGGGGGAUGAGUGGAAGACGGCAUUCAACACCCCCUCGGGACACUACGAGUAUCUGGUUCUUCCGUUUGGGCUGACCAAUGCUCCGGCCGUUUUCCAGGGUCUCGUCAAUAGCGUUCUGGGUGACAUGAUCAAUCAGUUUGUCUUUGUGUAUUUGGAUGAUAUUCUGAUUUUUCUCCACUUACUCCACUUACACACUCAGCACGUUAGACGGGUCCUCCAGCGCCUAUUAGAGAACCAGUUGGCGGAGAAGUAG